AUGACAUACAAGCACGAUAAUAAACCUUCACAGAAAUUCAAAAGUAAAAAUGAUUAUCCUUAUCCGACCAACUGCUGGGAGAGAAUAAGAGUAUCCGGCAAGAGGAGUAAUAUUCUCCGUAAAGAAAUUGGAGUCUACCCGGAUACUGAUGGACAAGAAGAAGAAUAUUCGGUUACUGAUGGACAAGAAGAAUAUUCGAUACUGAUGGACAAGAAGAAUAUUCGAUACUGA